AUGGAGGGGAAGGCUGAGCCUCUUUUCCAGGUAGGGACAGAGGGCUCUUCUGAGUCCCACUGGACCACGCGGGACAUGAGGCUGCUCUCCUAUGAAUACUCAGCAUUACAAUAUGAAGAAUCAGACACUGCGAGGUGGUUCUUGCUCCUGAGACUGAUGGACAGCAGGGCGCUGCAGGGGCUGCCGGCUGCCCUCUUCUCCCUGGUUUACCUGGUGUCCAUGCCGGAGAACCUGACCAUCCUCCUCCUCACAGUUCUCAACCACCACCUCCACACUCCCAUGUACUUCUUUUUCAGGCAUCUGUCCUGCCUGGACCUGUGUCUCAUCUCCACUACAGUCCCCAAAUCCAUUGUCAACUCCAUCACCUUCAGUGACUCUAUCUCUUUCUUUGGGUGUGUAUCUCAGCUCUUCCUCAUGGUCCUUCUGCCAGGGUCAGAGGUGGGAAUCCUGACUGCCAUGUCCUACGACCGCUAUGUCGACAUCUACCAGCCUGUGCACUAUGAGGCUCUCGUGAGCAAAGGGUGCUGUGUCCAGUUGGUGGCUGUGUCCUGAGUCAGUGGAGCAGGGUUUGGUAUUUUGUAUUCAGCUGGGAUGUUCUCCCUGGAGUUCUGUGGCUCCAAUCAGAUUCACCAGUUUUUCUGUGAUGUCCUGUCCCUACUAGAGCUCAGUUGUUCUGAGGAGCAUGCUAUCAUCAGUGUUAGUGCGGUCCUUGGGAGCCUCUAUGCAUUCUCAUGUUUGGUUUGCAUUGUGGUCUCCUAUGUGUUUAUUUUCUCUGCUGUGUCGAAGAUCCCAUCCAGGCAGAGCCAGUCCAAAGCCUUCUCCACCUGCACACCGCACCUGGUGAUUGUAGGCACCUUUCUCCUCUCAGGUACUGUUGCUUAUCUGAAGCCUGCCUCCAAUGCUUCUCCUCUUGGGGACUUGCUGUACUCUGUGCUCUACUCUGUGGUGCCUCCUGUCUUGAACCCCAUUAUCUACUGCAUGAGGAACAGGGACAUUCCGUCAGCCCUGUGUAAAGUCCUAAGGAAUGUGUGA